AUGUCUGCUGUCCAUUUGUGCAGGUUACAUCAUCACUUUUCUCACCUUCCUGAACGUGGUUCUAAUGAUCGGGUCUACAGCCUUCUGCAACUGGUGGCUCAGUUACUGGCUGGGCCAAGGGGACGGGUCAGACAACAAGACCACAUCAGACCGGGGAGACAUCUCCAAGAACCCGGACCUGCACUUCUACCAGCUGGUCUACGGCAUGAUGGUGGUCGUCAUGGUGACGCUGGCCCUCGUCAAGUGCUUCUUCUACACACACGUCACCUUGAAGGCCGCCUGCUGGUUCCACGACACCAUGUUGAAGAAGAUCAUGGCCAGCCCCAUGAGCUUCUUCGACACCACGCCCACGGGACGCGUCCUCAACCGCUUCUCCAAGGACCAGGACGAGGUGGACAGCGUGCUGCCGCUCCACAUGGACCCCUUCCUGCAGUUCGCCCUGCUGGUGGCCUUCACCGUGGUCAUCAUCUCCACCGUCUUCCCCGCCAUGCUGCUCGCCGUGGUCGUCACGGGCGUCCUGUUCGCCCUCAUGCUCUUCGUCUCCCAGAGGAGCAUUCGCCAGAUGAAGAAGAUGGAGAACGUCAGCCGCUCGCCGUGCAUCUCCCUCACCACCUCCACCCUGCAGGGCCUCAGCACCAUCCACGCCUUCGACAUGAGGGACAAGCACAUCCAGCUCUUCAAGUCCCUGAACGACAUCAACUCCAACCACUUCCUGCUCUUCAUCUCGGGGACACGCUGGCUGGCCUUCAGGCUGGACGUCAUGGCGGCCUCCCUCACCCUGCUGGUCUCGCUCUUCGCCGUCCUCAGCAGCAACGAGCACAUCAGUCCCGCCUUGAAGGGGCUGGCCCUGUCCUACACCAUCCAGCUGACGGGCAUGCUGCAGUUUGUGGUGAGGCAGGCCACGGAGGUGGAGGCCAGGUUCAACUCUGUGGAGCGUCUGCAGGAGUACAUCACGGGUUGUACGUCCGAGGCCCCCAGACACCUCCGGGACUCUGAGGUCCCGGGGGACUGGCCCAAGAACGGGGCCAUCUCCUUCCAGGACUACCAGAUGAGGUACCGGCACAACACGCCCGUCGUCCUCCACGGCCUGGACUUCCUGGUGCGGGCCGGAGAGAAGCUGGGCAUCGUGGGAAGGACGGGUUCUGGGAAGUCCUCCUUAGGCGUGUCCCUGUUCAGGCUGGUGGAGCCGGCAGCGGGACGCAUCCUGAUCGACGGCGUGGACAUCUCCCACCUGGGCCUGCAGGACCUGCGCAGCAAACUGUCCAUCAUCCCUCAGGACCCGGUGCUCUUCAUCGGCACCGUCAGGUACAACCUGGACCCCUUCGGCACGCGCAGCGACCAGGACCUGUGGACGGCCCUGGAGAGGACCUACAUGAAGGACAUGAUCUCCAGACUGGAUGGACAACUGGAGGCCCGGGUCUCUGAGAACGGGGAGAACUUCUCAGUGGGCGAGCGACAGUUGAUGUGCAUGGCCCGAGCACUGCUGCGCAACUCCAAGAUCAUUCUUCUGGACGAGGCGACGGCGUCCAUCGACGCCCAGACGGACGCCCUGAUCCAGACCACCAUCAGAGACGCCUUCAGGGACUGCACUGUGCUCACCAUCGCCCACCGCAUCAACACCGUCAUGCAGGCCCACCGCAUCCUGGUCAUGGACCACGGCAAGGUGGCAGAGUUGGACAGUCCAGAUGUUUUGUCCAAAAGGCCCGACUCCCUCUUCUCUUCACUGCUGGCGGCCGCAAACACUGUCAGCCAGUCACACGCACUUUGACCUGCACCUGCACCUGCACGUGCACCUGCACCU